AUGGAGGCAGCUUCAAAUGGGAAAAUCGAAGAGACCAAGAUUGUGGAACGACAGGAAGUUGUUGAGGAAUUUGGGGUGGUCGAUUCAGGGGCUAAAAUUGUGGGAGAAGUUGUUAUUGACAGUACUUCUGAGUCAGUGAAAGAAACUCUUGACGGGAAUAAUUCGAGUUUGGGGGGCGGCAGUAGUUCAAAGGAAGAGGCAGAAGCUGAAGAGAAAAAUGCCCAAGUGGAGGAUUCAGGGAUAUUGGAAGUGGUGGAGAAAGAGGUGGUUAAUUCAGUUGUUGGAUCAACAGAGUUUGUUGUAUCUGUGGAGGAAAAAUUGACUGAAACUAUUGACGCAUCAGUGGAGAAAUUUGAGAAAACUGAUGUGGUUGGAGUAGAAGUAGAAGAAACCGAAGAGAAGGUUUCCGUGUCUUUGAAUGAGACUGAUGUGAUUCCUCCAGUUGUCACAGAUCAGACUGAUGCGGAAGGACCUGAAGUGGUAUUGAAUGCAACAGAUGGAUCAUCUCCUGCUGUAACAGAUAAGGUGUCCAAGGGAAUUGAGGAGAAAGUGAUGCAAUCUUCUGAUGAAAACAAUGUGGCUCCUCCAGCUUUGUCAGAAGCGGUGUCGAAGGGAAUCGAGGAAGAGAAGCUGGCAGUUUUGGAGCAAAUUACGGGGGAAUCAUCUGGUAAUGUUGACAAGGAAACUGUGGAAAGUGUCAAAUCUACUACUGUAGUUGGAAGCAGCGAUGCUUUUCCUGAAAGCACAGGAAAUCCGCCUAUUAUAUCCCUUCAACAGCGUAACCUGCGUCCAUCUUGGAGGAGCUGCUGUGGCCUUUUUGAAGCUCUGCGGCGCUCCAAUAGAUAA